AUGAUUUAUUUACAUUUUUCAUCAAUUGUUAAAGUUAGCCAGAAUAUUGAAAUAACGCUUCCGGACGGAAAGAAAAUUACAGGAAAGUCGUGGCGCACGACACCGUAUCAAGUAGCUGAGCAGAUCGGUAAGUCUCUGGCUGAUCAAGCUAUUACCUGUAAAGUUGACGAUGAACUGUGGGACUUGGAUCGGCCAUUCGAAAAGUCGUGCACUGUCAAAUUUCUGAAGUUUUCGGACUGUGAACAAGCCAAAGAGGUUUUCUGGCAUAGUUCUGCUCAUCUACUCGGCGAAGCUGCCGAACGUUACUUCGGUGGUAGUCUCUGUUAUGGUCCUCCACUGGAAAACGGCUUCUAUUAUGAUAUGCAUAUCGAUAGGUCCAUCGUCGCUGAAGACCUGCCAAAAUUGGAGUCGAUUAUCACUUGCAUCAUAAAAGACAAACAGCGUUUCGAAAGACUGGAAUUAAGCAAAGCAGAACUGUUGGAGUUGUUCAAAUUCAACAAAUUUAAGUUGCGUUUGAUUAACGAAAAAGUCGUUUGCCCCACUGCCACAGUGUACCGUUGCGGAAGUUUGAUCGACAUGUGUCGCGGACCUCAUGUUCGUCACAGUGGUAAAAUCAAGGCGUACAAGCUUCUGAAGAGCAGCUCAACGUACUGGGAAGGCAAAGCCGACAUGGAGUCGUUGCAACGUGUGUAUGGCAUCAGCUUUCCAGACGCCAAGCAAUUGAAGGAGUGGCAGAAAUUGCAGGAAGAGGCGGCAGCUAGAGAUCAUCGACGACUCGGUCGAGAUCAGGAGUUAUUUAUGUUUCACGAAUUGAGUCCUGGUUCGGCAUUUUUCUACCCACGGGGAACGUACAUUUACACGACUCUUGUCGAGUUCAUUCGGAGACAGUACCGAAAACGCGGCUUUACCGAAGUCAUCACACCAAACAUGUUCAACAGCAAGUUGUGGGAGACCUCUGGCCACUGGCAGCACUACUCUAAGAACAUGUUCAAAAUUGAGGUAGAGAAGGAGCAGUUCGGAUUGAAGCCCAUGAACUGCCCAGGCCACUGCCUGAUGUUUGAUUCCCGUCCUCGUUCCUUCAAGGAACUGCCAAUCAGAUUCGCCGACUUCGGCGUACUUCAUCGAAACGAACUUUCUGGUGCACUAAGCGGCCUGACCAGAGUGAGGCGUUUUCAACAGGACGAUGCCCACAUUUUCUGUCGACAUGAUCAAAUUAAAUCUGAAAUAUACGCGUGCUUGGAUUUCGUGAAAUUCGUCUUUUACACCUUCGGUUUUGAACUAAAGCUGUUUUUGUCGACUAGGCCUGAUGAUUUCAUUGGAGAAAUUUCUGGAAUGUGGCCUUAA